AGCUCAUGUCAGAAAGUCAAUAGCAAAAUGGCUCUACCAAAAGCGAGCUUGUCUAGCGGUUCUCUACUCUUACUCCUUUUUAUCACAUGUGUUUGUGUGUACUGUGGCCCAACAGAGCAAAACCUUGGAGGGGAUGAGUCCGGUACAUUAAAGCCGACUAAUCUCAACGAAAAGUCGCGAUGGCUUCACCACGAAAGGUUUCGCCGAGAAUCGUCCGGUGCUGUUACAAAGUGUUCCGACUCUCAAUGUUUUGGGAAUAAGACCACAUUUUUUACCUAUCCUUUCGGUUGCUACUGCGACGAAGCUUGCUAUAAACUUUUCUCUGAUUGUUGUCCAGAUUAUGAGAAGCAAUGCGGUCGACAGCAAUUGCUCGAGGAUAAAACGUCAGUAUGGAAAUGUGUCGAAUUUGAUCUGAAGAAUUGGGGCUGUGGCAUGUUACUAGAAGCGAGUGGGGUUUGGAUGAUUUCUAAAUGUCCAGCAGACCGGCGUCGUGACGAGCUAAGAACAAAAUGUGAAAAUAACACGCUGUCGUUUUUCGGGUAUCCGGUAGAGGACUUUAUUCCGGUGGUAGGAGACAAAAACGAGACAUAUCGGAAUAAGCAUUGUGCUCUGUGUAAUGGCGUGGAAAAUCACACUUCAUGGGAAGUUGAGGCUUUUACAUACGUCAUACCCCCCGAUGAGUUCGACCUGGAUUCUAAGCUGAAGUUUAUCGAAGACAAUGGGGGUUUGAUUAAGAGUGUUGUACCUGUUCGGGGACAACCUUGGAGAUUUUGUUUUGGAAGAAGUUUUAAAGACAACUGUAGUUCCACAAAUCAUUCACUUUACAAGACUUGUGUUGAAGGUCCCGUUGAAGUCGUUGGGAUUUAUGAAGGCUAUUACUUUAAAAACCGUGCGUGCGCAAAAUGUAAUGGAUAUCAUAAUAUCGACUGUUAUGCUAUAGACACAAUGUGCGAUAGGCCACAACCCCCUGGCCCCGACCUUGAAGGAUUUUCCAUCUUGUUUAACUUAAGAAAAACGAGUGAAAUAUCAACAAUUACUUUUGCUUGUCCCCGCGAUACUGUUUAUGAUACAACCUUAAAGUUCUGUCGCGAAGGGAAUGGUUUUUCAUCCAGUGGUCAACUGACCAGCGAGUUUUUGAUUAUAUUAUGGUUCAAACUGUCUCGAGGAUGGAUAGCAAUUCAUUCAACCGUCGAAAAUAAUUUUAAAUUAGCGUUAAUUUCACGGUUUUCGCUUCAAGACAAUCAAAUUUCAAAAAUUACAUUCCACAUGCAAAACCAUGAACCACCGCCGUAUGAUUUUGUCGUUGCAACAUUUCGUUUAACAUUGACGCCAUUUCAAAGCUUGCUAACGGCUAACCAACACAAGUCCAUCUUUAAUGUUACAAACCAGAACACUGCCUUCUUGGAACUUUUGAACUUUACAGGAAACUUUGCUUUAUCUUGGAAAGAAACUACGUUUAUUGUGGUCAAGAUGACUUCGAAACAGCUUUCAUGCUACGACGAAAAGAAGCUUCAAUCACAUGAAUACAAAAUCGAAAAUGGAUUCUUGGUCGUAAAUAAAACAGGAAAAAUAUUUUCACUUGAGGAUUAUACUUUAAUUAAAGAAGACGGCGGAAACGUUACAUUAUGUCGCAAACUGCUGCUUUCAGAUUGCAACGAAAGUUCAUUCGUGCCUUUAAGUCCAGACGAAUACGUGGUCUUCCCUAAUUUGACAGUUUAUCACAAUGCAACAGAGAGCGUUUUCAAUUUUGGCGAGUAUCUAAUAAGUGAAAACAACGGAACUAGCAACAUUUCUAAUAUAACUCAGAAUUCUAUUUUAUCAAGUAACUCGACGAUUUCCGUUUGUUUACCGUUUAAAGAUACAUUUACCAAAAACUGAAAUAAAAGUUAUACGCGCUACGGAUUCUGACAUUAUUUGGUUUCAGUAUUUCGAUUAUUUGUUUAAUAUUACUUUUGAUAACUUAUGGAUUAUUCCAAGAAUUAAGGGCAGUGUCAGGAAUGAAUUUAAUGAACUUAAUAAGCUUGGCGAUGUUGUUAUCACAUCUCAUAUGGUUGAUAGGCAUCAGUCAUUUUACGGGGACAAAAACAUGCACAGUUUUGGCGAUUUUUUAACACUAUCUUUUCCAAGUAUCGUUCGUAGCAAUGUCCGUCAUCUCCUAUCAUUCUUCCUACGUUUUCUUGCAACCUUUCGCUGGAAGAGUUGCCAACAAAUCUUGGCGGAGGUUUGUCAAGUAUUCAGCAUUCGUGUGGCUAGCGCCUGCCAUAUUUGUCGCAAUUUGUGUCACCUUGGACAAAAGUGAGACAUUCGUUGUGGACUAUGGGACAAACUGUCGGUUGGGAAGUGUAAACGCUAAGCUGUAUUUAUUUCUAUUACCCCUGGCUAUAUUACUGCUCUUUAAUGUCAUCACUUUCAUCCGUACAGCACUCAGUUUAUAUCGUCAUGAGAAGGGAAGACCUCUGACCUUACAACGCCAGGAAAGAAAACAAAAUCUUCUCAUCUGCACAAAACUUGCGACGCUGGUCAGAUUUCCAUGGCUGAUUGCGUUUAUUGGCAUCCUGUUUCCCAAUGUCGAAGCAUUCCCAAUACUUGUUUGUUAUUUUUGUUUGUUUACAAGGAUUGUACAUUGGAAUGGCAUUUCUGUUUAACAAGAAAACUCUGAAACUUUACAAAGAUCGUUGGAACAUUGGCUUCAGAGGGAAUGCAUCUUCUCACAUUCGUGCGCAAACUUUUGAAAUGACAUAAGGAAAUGAGUGUAUUACAGUCAAAAUACAAAAACUGUCCCAGGACCCAGGUCCGCAUUUUUAGUUGUCAUUUUCUGCUCUGUUUUACUGUAACGACUAUACGACUGUGUUUUUUUGGGUUUCUUUUUGUAUUCUUACUAUUACAUUGUGUGGAAAGGUUUUGCUUUUACGAAUGGUAAAAUAUCUUUUUUAUAAGUAAGUG